AUGAGCAGAUGGAACCCUCCCCUGCUCGGCACCAGGUGCAGCAUUUUCCCCGGCCAUAAGAUUUGUCUUGAUGGGGGCGACGCGUUGGGGAAGGACGCCGUGCCGGCCCAGAAGGACAACGUGGUCGAGCCGCCAACGAGGCUCACCAAGGGCUUCAAUACAACCAGCACGGUCCAGCCCGCCCCAUCUAACACGGCGACGAUUGGCGAUGUCGUGCUUGGGCCCGACAUGAAGUCUGAAAUCAGGACGCUGAUGAUCCGCUACGUCGGUAAUGUCACGGAAGAAGAGGCUGAGCCGAGUGACGAGGUCGUGAUGCCAGCGCCGGCCCGGGCGCAGACGAUAGCGAAGGCGAUAGAGUCGGCGGAACGGGAGCCGACCACCUCAACCACGGCAUCGAGCGUUCGGAUCCAGUUGCUAUUGUCGGCUUACAUGAUCAGCAAGCAGGAGAUGAACAGCGGUUGCUCAACCUGCCUUCCUGGCGCAGUGAACAGCCAGGGCAGCGCGCACGCCACUCACCCUCAGAAUGGUGGCCUGCACGUUAGCCACAAACCGGACGAGAACGAGCUCCCGGCGUCGGCACCGACAGUCAACUACCAAGAGCGGGUGCACAUGGCGGCAGAACUACAUGUAGGCAACGGCCACGGCCAAGGGGACUCCAAGCCCCCGGCUUCUGGAGGGGGAAAGACAGCGUGUUAA